AUGCCCAGCGUGCCAGACAAGAUAUUGGUAGGCCCCACCACGUACGUGCAUUUCCGUCGCAAGCACAGGGACUACUACGCGCCGGACUUCUUAAUCGGCGGCGAUGAUCUACCAUCGGCGCCGUCGCUGGAGAAUAGCGAGCACGUGUGGCGCUACAGCGUGUCGAAGGAGUACAACAACACCGUUUUCUUUUUCAAUACAUUGUCGCGCAAGUCCGUAUGGGUGCUUCCGGUUGUGCACCUCGAUGGCCGCACGGAGCCACUGGGUGAAGGUGAGUUGAUGCGCGCCCUCUACUCCAGUGUCGUCGAUGGAGGAGCUGGUUCGGUGCAAGAGACAACGAGCAAUGAACUCAGCAAAGCCAGUGUGCACGGCGAGGAAAAAUAUUUGACCGCUCGCAAGAAGCUCAACGUCGACCUCACUGACUCAUUCCGUCCAUCACCUCAAUCAGCGUCAGCCGUCGUGGAUCAUUCAAAGUCGACGGGGGAUAGCUCUCCUCGCGAUACCCUCUUGGCAACAGCGACUUCACUCGCUGCAGCGCCAUCCGUCGGGUCUUCCUCACUGCUAAAGGCGGUCACCGGAGAGCGGACACUUGAAGCAGAAGUGGGUGGCACCUCUGUUUUGCCGAGCACAGUUGCCGAAGGAGAACACCAUAGACCAACAUUGCAGGACCGAAUCGCUGCGUGGCGGACCCGCCAGCGCUGCUCAGCGUCGCAAGCAGAAGCCCAGCAGCAACAAACCUCUACCACUGAGAGCCCAACAGUGUCCACGGCUGCGACGGCGAAGAUGCACCCUCUGGCUAUUGAAGAUCCCUUUGUUUACGCAAUGUCAUCUACAGUGCCAACCGACAAGAAGUGCUGUUCCUCGAGCGCACCAGGUGUGCUCCACACGGAGAAGAACGACGUGCUAACGGGCACGCCUGGCGGGUCGUAUCACCACUUACCCGUGUAUACCCAGUCGCUAGAAGCUGCCGUUGCUUCUCCUGACCCUGAGGGCGCGUUGCACACGCCGGUGUCGAAGCAGGGUCAGUCGCUCAAGAGCCACACCGUUGCGCCUCCGGCCAAGCUCACAUCACCUCCCAUCCAGGGGUGGGAACUCGCGACCGCCGCAGAACUUCUCCGUCGAGAAAAAAUUGCCGCCAUGCGGCAGGAAAUAGCGGCACUGGAGUGCCGUCGCCGCGCGUUGGCUGUGGAGCAGGCAGAGGCAGAGGAGCGCGCGCGUCUAGCACAGGCACGCGCCACCGCUGAGCGUGCACGCUUGCAAGACGCGGAACAGGCUGCACGUGAACAGGCCCAGCGACGCGCUGCUGAAUCGCGUGUACAGGACGUGAACGAGUACUUGUCGAAGCAGCGGCAGUUGCAGGAAGUAGCGCAGUCGACUGUAGAGGACUCGUUCACGUACGCCUCUCGUAUUGCUGCGCAGCUCGCAGCAGCAGCCCCCCGACCAGAGAAUAUCCUCAUCCCCAGCAAAGGGAAUUCGAGUGAAGCGGGUAGUGGCGCGAGUGCGCGGCUUACACCGCCUCAUUACCGCGUCCAUCAAGUUGGCCGAGUUGUACCGGCUGUAGUAGCGCCUCAAGCUGCAUUACCGAUGGCAGAGGAGCCGGACCGUCAUGCAGCGGUGAAGAAAGACGGAGAAAGUGCUGUGGUAGGAACACUGCGUGACACACUAACCGGCGCGCCUACGUCGGCUGGCGUGACGACGACUCAGCGCCGCCAGCAGCGCCUCGCUUAUGCGAUGCCACACUUGUACGAGGGAGAGGUCAUCACCUACCGCCCUAGCAGCAACUUUACCCGCCAGGCAGCCCUGCACGAUGGUACCGCUGCGAUCAGGAACCAACCUCCUCGAACGCUCAAUUCCUCGGCAGGCCCCACCCCACCGGUUAUCUUGGCGUCCAAGCGCGAUGGCACAGGCACGCAGUACUACGAUGCGGCCCACCAGCACUUCUUCACCGGCACCUGGCGCGAGGACAACCGAGAAGGUAUCGGUGUAUUAUCGCUGCCAACCACUGCGGUGCAGGGCAGCUGGCAAGGCGACCAACUAGUCGGGCCUGCCGUCUUGCAAACACGGCACAGCAAAGGCACGGUCACUUUCAUCUCCGGGAAGCCAGCCGGCAGCUCACAGGAACCCGGGACUAGCCCUUCUAGAACCUCUUCGCGUCCCAACGGCGCACUCCCGUCCGGUGCCUCGUACACAUCGAGCACCACAGCUGGCACCACCACGUUGACCGGUAACGCCGUUGUGGAGCUGGACAACAAGGCGCUGUUCGUCGGUGCUCUCAAGGAGGGCCGAGUGCGUGCUCCAUAUAUCCUUCAGCUGGGACAGGGCGACUACAUCGAAUGGAUUGGCGCUUCCGCGUGCCGCAAAGGACAUGCUCGUGUACCUGACGGCACAUCAGGCGAGCUGCUAAAGCACACCCCCGCCCAUUUGGCCUCCUCGUCCUCCUCCGUCUCCGCUUUGAAAGUUGGCACUGGUGAGUGCCGCAUCCGCUUUCGCAAUGGCGACACCUACGUUGGGCAUGUCUGCAACUUUCAACUCCACGGCUUCGGCUACUACCGCUUCGCCGAGGACGGGCACUCCUACACAGGUCACUUUGAGGGUGGCUGGCCGCACGGGAAGGGACUGCUAAUCUUUGCAAACAGCGACGUCUACCGCGGGGGCUUCGCGAAGGGGCUCUUCGAUGGCCACGGCACGUAUGCCUCACACGCGGAGAAGUACGUAUACGAGGGUGACUGGAUAGCUGGAAAGAUGAACGGUGAGGGCUCGCUAGCCUUUGCCAACGGCGAUGUAUGGAAGGGCACCUUCAAGGACGACAAUCGUGUAGCCGGUGCGUACACGACGCUCGCGUAA